AUGACGAGUGCCGCCCACAACAAACAAUUCCAUAUUAAUCGCAUAACUUUUGUUGUCGUCGACGUGGACAACGUAGGAAAUCCGAUUUGGAUUCGGGUUUGGAUUCAGAUGAUAGGAUGUGAAGAUGUGGAAGAGCAGAAGAGAAUGAAUUCAGGUGCAUUGGUUGAUGCCUCUUUCACAUCGACCACAUUGGGUUGUCUUGGAGACUAG